AGGAAGUCUGGGUGAAACUUUGAAAGAUAUUUCUUAAUGAAACACUUACGUGAUCAUAUAAUCUAAAUGAUGGCGGAUGAUUUAGACAAAUUUAUUGAAGAUCAGAAGGCCAAGUUGGCACAAGAUAAGGCAGAACUUGAAAAUGAUCCACCUUACAUGGAAAUGAGGAAUAAGGAAUCAGAGAAGCUUUCUGAGACUAGCAAAAUGUUAAUCUCCAUGGCUAAAGAAAAUAUACCUCCAAAUAGUCAACAGAACUAUCCUUUAGGUGACUAUGGCUUGAGUUUACCUCUUGGAGAAGAAUAUGAACGAAAAAAACAUAAACUCAAAGAGGAACUUCGACAAGAUUAUAGGCGAUAUCUUUCUCAGAAAAAUUAUCUGACUACUGGUGAAGUAGAUCCAUAUACUCAGGGAUUAUCUCUUCCUAUUGAUGAGCGAAGAUCUGCCAAGGAGAAACUACGGCUUGAAAGAAACAAGGAGUACAAUCAAUAUCUCAGGGACAAAGAAGAAUGGAAUGAAAGGCUAAGGAAAUUAGGGAAGAAAAACACAGAGAAUGAGAUGGACAGGAAUAAAAAACCUAUUGCUGUUACCAGGCUCCAGCCAGAACUACAUACAGAAGUACAGCCCUGUAAUACAGGUGCAGAACCUCCCAAGAAGGAUGCCUUUACUUCUACAGAAGGUUAUGAAGAGCUGCUAAAUAAGAGGUGGCUGGAGGAAGACAGGUAUCAUAGGUUAGAGGAUGAGGUUGAAUUAAGAAGUCGACUAUUAAAUAAAAGACUUGAUGAAGAUUUGGAUGUUCCCAAUCGAAGACAUCGUGAAUUUGCUAGCCAGUCUGUAAUUAGGAAGCAUCACAGACUUGAUGAGGAUCGUGAUUUUGGUAAAAGAUACUACAGAAUGGACUAUGAUCCUGAGAUAAGUGAAGGAAUGGACCCUAGAUUUAGAUGUGAAAGCGCUUAUGACAGAAAAACUCCCCGGGUUUUUUAUGCUGAAAGGCCCUAUCUGGAUGGAAUAGUAAGAGAUCUACCUGCAGAUUAUGAAGACGAAUUAAAGGAGAGAUCACGUAUGCAGCAGAUCUCAAGAACUGGAAAUUCUAGAAAUCAGGUACAAAUUAGUUCUUCAGCUAAUGAACAGGCCAAGUCUGCAGCUGAAAUGCCGUAUGCAACAGGCCUCGUUCUUGGUGGUCAGGACCAAGAACUUCUCCAAAGGAAAAAAGAGAAAUACAGGCAAGAACUAAUAGAACAGAUGGCUGAGCAACAGCGAAAUAAGAGACGUGAGAAGGAACUUCAGCUCUCAGUUGCUGCUUCUGGAGCUCGAGACCCAGAAAAGAAGCCAAAUAGAUUGAAGCAGUUUGGCUUGACAGCAAGAGCUUCUGAAGAGAAAGUACCUCCUGAAAGGCCUAGGGUGGCUUUCCAAACUCCAGUGCCCGUCCCUUCAGCCUCUCCAGUGAAUGAAGACUUUCACAGGGGGCUAGCCAGCACUCUUGGUGAAAUAGCAGCUCCCAGGCUUGCACCGAUGCCACCGCCUCCACCACCAGUUUUGACAGACAACUAUAGAACACCUUAUGAUGAUGCAUAUUACUUUUAUGGGGUUAGGAAUCCUUUGGAUCCCAAUCUUGCAUACUAUGGUACAGGUAUGAUGGGAAUGCAACCCACUUCUAAUCUGGAUCCUCCUUUAGGCCAAGCCCCAGUGGAGCAAUCUGUAAGUAACAUUGGACAGAGGAAUACAGGAGACAGACAAAGAAGCACAGGAGUAUUUUCUGAAGAAAAAACAAAGCCUUCCAAAGAGGCAACAUUAUCUUAUCAACAAGAAUUACAACAGCAGAUAAAAGAGAGAGAGGAACGACGCAGACAAGAGAGAGAGGAGAAGGAACGCUACGAAGCCAAGUUAGAAGCAGAAAUGAGGAAUUACAACCCCUGGGGAAAAGGUGGUGGUGGUGCUCCUCUCAGAGAUGCAAAAGGAAAUCUGAUAACGGACUUGAAUAUGAUGCACAAGCAAAACGAAGAUGCAUAUCAUAAUCCAGAGGCAAGACUAUAUGAAGAUAAAAGGGCUAUUGUAUCUGUUGACCUAAGUUUGGCCUCCCCAAGACCUGAGAACACAGAAGCAUCUACAAAUAAAAUAGCAGGUUUUACAUUUGCACAGGCCUCUCCCUUUGCUCGAGGUAAUGUGUUCGGUGAACCACCAUCUCCACAGCAUCUUAAGCGACAGGAGUCGUACAAGAACUUUCUUCGUCUACAGAUUGAAGAAAAGAGACGUAGGGAAGAAGCAGAGCGAGAAAAACUUAGAAUGGAAGAAGAAAAAGAAGAAAAACGACUAGCUGAACAGAGGAUGAGAAUUCAAAAAGCAUAUGAAGAUGAACAAGAAGAGAAAAGAAAGAAAGAGGAGGAGCGAAGAUUGAAAAAUAAAGAAAUAAGUCGAUUAGAUGAAGAGAGGCAAAAAGAGGCAGAAAAAAGAAGAAAAGAAAAAGAAGAAAAGCAAGAUGAACAACUUAGACAAUAUUUUGAGAAAGAAAAGGUGGAAGAGGAAAAGAAGAUGUUUUCAAGGCAGCCUUCUCCCAUCAUUCCUGCUCAUCAGAACAAAUCAAUAAGGAAAGAAGAAAGGAUUCCCUCUGCUGAGAGCCACAUAUCAUACUAUGCACAAGAUCCUCCACAACCAAGGGUUCCUUCUCCACCUGUCCCUGCUAGAAGAAAUCAGUUGCGUGCAUUUGAGGAAAGAAAGAAUGUGAUAAAUGAAUUAUCAGAGAUGAGGAAACAGCUUCGUAGCGAAGAGAGGCGACUGCAGGAACAGUUGCUAAAUGUGGCCGGUGAUGAUGAUGUACCGAUUACACGGAGAGAGAAGAAUCCAAAGGACAUAUUUGAGAUGGCCAGGCUUCGUCUGCAGGCUCCAGUAAGGCGACCAUCAUCAAAGGAGGCACAAGAUCCUGUCAAUAUACAGAAUAUCUGGGAAUUUAAUGAACUUAAAUACAAAGAUUCUGAAACGCGUGUGGGCUUGAGGCACAUGUAUCCUGAUCCUCCAAAAGAUGACAAGACUCUAGAGAUUCAACAGCAGGCACUGUUGAGGGAGCAGCAGAAGAAACUUGACAGAAUGAGAAUGAGGAGAGAAACGGAAGUUGCAACUGUACAAAUGAACUCAGUUUUGAGUGCAAGAUACAGAUUUCUCAGAAGAUUCAGGAAUGAAUCUAACGAAUUCUUGAAAAAUUCACUGUUGGAAUCAGAUAGCGCUUUUAUCGGUGCUAAUGGGGAAACGUUUCCUGCCUUAGGAGAAGUUAAUUUAUCACCACAGCUUCCACCUUCUGCAAGGGAGAGGAGACGAAUGAAGCAGAAAGCUUUGGAGUGUGCUGAGGAGGUUCCACCGGGCCAGACACUAUUGCUGCAGCCUGACAGCUGCUCUUUGCACUCGAGCUUCAGCCUCGAUGUUGAUCAGUUGAAAGGCAAGAAUGAAGAACGAUUGCACAGACUGACGGAACUCCAGCAGAAAUCUGCUUACUUAGGUGAUAACACUUCCUUAGGAGAAGCGGAUGACCUUUGGAAGCACGCUCCAGCUGACACUGGCAGACGGCCCAGUUCUGUUGACACAGUUGCAACAGAGCCCUGGCUGCGACCGGGGACUUCAGAGACGCUCCAAAGAUUCAUGGCUGAACAGGCCAGCCCAGCAAAGCUUUCACCCGAAAACAGGCUGCCGCUUAGCUGGCAAGGCCUCUCAACCGCGCAUGGCUGACUCCGGCCCCCGUGUGAACCGGCUGUGCCUUGCAGCAGAGGAGGGACCGCUCAGCACUACUGCACUUUCCAGGGUCUCUUGUAGGGAUAGUUCUCUUCCGUGUACAGCGUGUGGAGCCGUACGUAUAAUUUAAAAUAGCAAUAAUAAAGUAACAGAGGCUGCAGCGUAACAGAGAUGUAGAGCAGGGAUGUUUUAUUUUACGUGACGUGGGAAGUGGAGGAAUGGCUUGGCGGGUUUUGCACUUUUUAUACAAGUUAAGUUUCAGCUGCAGAGCUGGACUUACCACAAAAACUGUGUGUGUGUGUGAAUUUGAUAUUAAAUCAAAGUUAUUUUCUAGCUUUGUUUAUAGCCAAACUCCAAAACUGUCUGGAAAUAGAGUAACCCAACAGCAGAGGUGCAUUUUAAGCUUUUACCAAAAGAGUAAAAUAACUUGGAAAAGGGCACUUUGCUUUUCAUACAGUGAUGAGUGCUGUCCUGCAUGAAAGCUCAGCAAACAGUUUCGUGGAAAAAUGACUAUUAGCAAUGUAUCUUAUGUUCCCUAACCUGUUAUGUGCUGGAAAUACAGAUAUUGUUGCAUAUAUUUAAUUUAUGGUUCUGA